GUAAAGCAGGGCAAAAAAAGAAAAAAGUGGUCUGAAAAGGAACGCAGCUCAUAGAGCGCCCGAGCUGAUGGCACAGCUAUGCGGAGGGACAGCAUCGCGCCAGCGGACUUAGCAGCGACUUGUUUCCGCGGGGAUGCGAGCGAGAACGCGGCACUCAAGCGGAGCUCAAAGUUCAUCCUCGGAUGAUCUGACACCCAUCUUCUCUUCCCGACCCGCCUAAAGCCGUCACUUUGUUGAAACUUUCGCAAUCUGAACAUGGCCGUUCGUGGCAACUCGCUCAUGCCCUUCUCUAUCCAGGCCAUCCUGAACAAGAAGGACGACGGCAGACACUUGCCCGAUUUGGACGUGUGUUUCUCUAAGACUACGUGCUGGAAAAUAUUCGGGGACGUGCACGCCGCUUCCGGGGAGACGCCCGAGAAGGGCUACGACUCGGACUCGGGGUUGAGCGAGGACAACGAGGGGAAAGCGCGCAGGGUCGCGCACGGCCUGCAGCCAGAGAAAGACGCCGGGACCGCAUCGGAUGUGCCCGAGGAGAGCCCGCAGGAGGAGACAGACCAGGAAUCCGCAGCCGUGGACAACACCAAGAGUGACAGUGAGCUCAAUAACGCAGCGGACUGUGGCUGCGUCGCCGACGAGAAGACCGCCGAGCAGCCCAAGGCGAGGAAGAAGCGCUCGCGGGCAGCCUUUUCCCACGCGCAGGUCUUCGAGCUGGAGCGCCGCUUCAACCACCAGCGGUACCUCUCCGGACCCGAGCGUGCCGACUUGGCUGCCUCCCUCAAGUUGACAGAGACUCAGGUCAAGAUCUGGUUCCAGAACCGCCGCUACAAGACCAAGCGCCGUCAAAUGGCCGCCGACCUGAUGGCGUCCACGCCGGCUGCCAAGAAGGUAGCCGUCAAGGUGCUGGUGCGUGACGACCAGAGACAGUACGGCCCCGGGGAGGUGCUGCGGCCCCCACUGCUCUCCCUGCAGCCCUCCUACUACUACCCGUACGCGUACUGCCUCCCCGCGUGGACACUCUCGUGUACGGGGAAUCCGUGAAAACACAGCGGACUUUAUUUAUUUGCAGACUUUAUUUUGGGGCGGUGGGGGGGUGCAUGAGGAAUUUUGACAGCCCAUUUUUCCACCCCCAAACUGAAACCGAAGCGGAAGUCAAUUACAGGACCUAAUUGGACAUUUGUUGGUUUAUAUAUUUACAUCCUACCUCUGCAGUGAUUGACAGGUGUUUUUUGACUUUUCAUUAAGUUGCAGACUGUGUUUACUCCCCCACUCCCCUCUCUUAUUUUCUUGCUGUAUUUGUAAAGGUAAGAUAUUUUCAGCACUUUUUUGAAAGCAUUUACAAAGCAAAAAUCCAUCCUUAAAUUGUAACGUGUGCGUUGUCUUGUGUUUUGAAUGGUACAAAAAUAUUAAAACAUAUCAGUUUACUAUCAUCUGAUGCAAUUUCGUUUUGAGCUUUUGUUUGCUCUCUGUCGAAAUAGAAUCUGGAUUCAAGGAAAUUAGGAGAAAAAUGUCAAAGAAAAAUAAGCAUCGUAUUACAAAAACAAUUGGCAAGAAAAUAACACGAAAUGAUAAAAUGAGUAGAGAAUGAAAGAAAUAUGUGGCUUUUUAUGGCACGGAUCCAACUUUGAUCGGCUGGUUCCGUUUCAUAGUGUUACACAAAACAAAAAGUUUCUUUUUUUCUUUUCAAUCUUGCAUUAACCCAAUGAUGUGCCUGCCUUUUUAUUUUUGGUUAAAAAUUUAAUUGAUUGAGUCUUCAUUUGGGUACAGUAGACAACCACCACUUAAAAUUCUUAUGGAGGACCAAAACUGCAAAAAAAUCCAAACAAUCAAGAGAACAAUAUUAAGGAUUUAAUUGUUAAUUUUGACAGUUUGGUUUGAAAUAUGGUUGGAAAUAUGGCAUUAAAAAAUAGUUGUGGUGCUUCAUGCACCAUUGUGUUAUUUUAUGAGGAUAGGAAUAUUGCUAAUCACUAAAUAAAAUCUAACGCACACUGCUAAUUUAUAGCAUCAAAUGUAUACAAGUUGAAGAGUAUAAUUGUCUUCAAUGGCCACUAUUCACAAUAAUGGCCUUUAUAGCCUGGUUAUUAACUUUUUUCUAUUCCUGCACGACCAGUUAUAAUUCCUUGAUCUUCUCCUUUCCUCUUCUUUGAAAAAAAAAAAGUGUUUUCUGUGGGAUUUUAGGUUUUAAAUUCAUCAAAUGUCAUCCAAUAUCUAAAAAAACUAAAUGAUUAAUUUUCAACAUCAAAACAAGUGACAUUUACCAUCCAAACAAACAUGGUCUGAAAUGAAUCUAUUUUGACCCACUUUCUGACUAUAUUUUCUAAUGUACUACUUUUGUCGUAUUGCUGAAACUUGCCAUCAAGCACAUGCCAUCUUGUGUCAUAAAAAAAAAAGACAACAAAUAUACAUACACAGAGGACUGUUUGUCAGGUAAAGUCAUUUGCUUCUCUAAAUGACAGCUAUACAUGUUCUUAUUUGAACAUAUGCCCUGUGCCUCAAAAUAUUAAGCACAGGGCAUAUAUUCAUGUUUCCUCAUGGGUUUAAAUGGUUUGAAUAGCAUCCAUUAUGCUUGAAUGUAAGGCACCACACUCCAAAUAUUCUGAAUCUGACAUCUUCUAUCCCCUCCCCAAAAAUUUUGCAGAGACUCACUUUGUCACCUGAGUAGUGCAGGUGCAGAAUCACCAUCAUUCAUCCUGAUGAGAGGAGAAAAGUGUUGAAGUGGGGGAGACCUAACCCUCAACCAGCACAAAUGAAAAACAGUUCAAUAUUGCAGUAUAUUGUUGCCUUCCCAGUGGUCUAAUUGCAAUUUCCCCCCCCUGAAUACUGUGACUAUGAUUUAAUAUGGAAUUCUUUUUUCAAGAUCUUUUUCACAUGAGUUAAAACAAUACAAGGAAUAACAAAUAAAGGCAAAUGUACCAUAAAUAAUUAAUAUGAAAGACAGUUUAUUUAUCCACUUCAAUUUGAGUUGUUAACAGACCAAACACUUUUUAAACUUUUUCCAUGGCAGUUUCACAAAAUUUUCCCAAACAAGUGUCUCAUAAACAUGAGUCAGUACGCCAUAAAUCAGACAACAAUAAUGUAAACAAAUCUUUGGGUUGAACACUUUUCAUUUUUUCAUGAAACAAUGAUAUGUAAACAUUAUUUGAUUACGAUUUGAUUAAUUGUUUAUCUCCGCUUCCCAGUCAUCAAUAUAAAAAGGAAAACUGGUUACUCUUUCUCCAUGAAAUUAAGGAGCUCAUAGAGCUCUACUGAACAACAAGAGGCACAAAGCUGAGAGCAUUUAUGCCUGUGAGUAUUGUUGCAUGCUCCAUUUGUAUGUGUUGCUGCUCCAGGUGUGUUAAACUAGAAGUUUGUUGAAGGCUUAUAAUUGCCACAACAUCUAUGCUAAGUUCCUUUAGCCUGCCAAUAGCGUUUCACAUUAUAUGUCAGCAUUAACCAUCGGAAUGUCAUGAAAUGAAAUGGUAUGGUUUGGUUGAACACUCUGGUGUUUAAAAAUACAAGGAUUGAUUGUC